AUGGCGACAAUUGAUGAAAUUGCGCAACUUGAGCGUGAGUUAGGCCAGCAGCGUGUCGAGAAUGCCUAUUACCGCGACUACUACACACUUUUCAAGCUGUUGCAAGAUCUCGCAGAAAACGCAUCUCAUGAUCUGCAACGUCUUUACAACUCCGACUCACUGAAUGAUCCGCGCAGUUCUGGCCACGAAAUCCUGUGGUCCCUGCAAAAUACGAUAUAG